AUGUUCAGGACUCUGGCGCGUGUCGAUCAAGGAUUGUUCCCCCCGGAAGGCGAAACUUACAAACUAUUAAAGUCAAACAAAGUUCGCAACGUCGCGACAUGCAUCGCAUUUCACGAUGUAAUCCACCCUGUCCCCCAGCAAAACACCCAGACCGUCAAGUUUAGGAACGCCGAAUGGGCGUGUCCUAACCAAGCUGUCACUCCUCACACUCUUCACCGCCUGGUUCUCGAUAUCUCUGUUCGUGACGCAUUGAUUGCCCAUCACGAUGCAUUUGAAAACGCAAAAAUAUUACACCGAGAUCUCAGCGUCGGGAAUAUCGUCAUUUACCGAGGGAAGGGGUUCCUUAUCGAUUGGGACCUAGCAAAGCUACUCAUUAUCCAGGGUCCUCGACAGACGACCCGUACG